AAUUUCGUAAGUUCCAAUAGAAUAAAUGAAUAUUUGAAACGUUUUAGAAAUGUAGAACGAGAAUAGAACGAAUGAUUCCUUCAAUACAAAUCAAAUAAUUUCCAUUUUUAAUCUAAUUUUACACAAUGUUCCAGCAUAUGAAUUUAUCGGUAACAGUUAAAAGCAAGAACAGUGCUGAAAACACCGAAGAACACCAAGGACCCAAAAGUUGUAGUUCGUCGUCUUUUGAGAUUGCAGAUCCUGCUUGCGAUCCGAAUCAUCCUGUAAUCAUCGAUAUAAAGGAUGUAAGAAAGGCAUUCGAUUAUAUAAAAAAUACUAUAAUAUGGACUCCUUGCACGAAAUCCAAUAUGUCUUCAAUAACAAAUUGCGAGAUAUAUUUCAAAAAGGAAUUUUUACAAACAACGGGAAGCUUCAAAGAGCGAGGCGUCUACUAUUUAUUGAAGACUCUUACUGAGGAAGAACGGAAGAAAGGUUUAAUAGCUGCAUCUGCUGGAAAUCAUUCAUCGGCCCUGUGUUUCUACGGUUAUUCAAUGAACAUUCCGAUAGUGGUAGUGAUGCCCACCAAUACUGCAUUGAACAAAAUUAAUCAAUGUAAAAAAUACAGCGCUACAGUAAUAUUGAAAGGAGAUAAUCUUUUAGAAGCAAAAACACAUGGAUUACAGUUAGCCAAGACAAAAAACAUGAUUUAUGUUAGCGGUUACGAUCAUCCGAAAAUCAUCGCUGGUCAAGGAACCGCAGGUCUGGAGAUUUUAAAAGAUGUUCCCGAUGCGGAUGCUGUGAUUGUUCCUGUUGGAGGCGGCAGUCUCGUUGCGGGAAUUAGUGUUGUUAUGAAGCAUCAUAAUCCCAAGUGUCAAAUAAUUGCCGUUGAAUCCGAAAACUGUCCCAGUUUUUCUGCUGCACUUAAAGCCGGAAAACCAGUUCAUGUUCAGCCAUUGGAUGAGAAUACUUUAGCAGACGGUUUAAGAGUGCCUGUAGUUGGAAUAAACUCAUUGGAGACAGCUAAGAAUAAUGUUGAUAAAAUCGUAAUCGUUAAAGAAGAAGAGAUAGCAUUAGCGAUUUAUCGAUUAGUACAGAUAGAAAAAUCCGUAGUUGAAGGAGCUGGAGCCUGCGGUUUGGCCGCCAUCUUAGCUGGUCAAUUACCAGAAUUAGCCAAAAAGAAAGUCGUGAUUCUGUUAACUGGCGGUAAUAUAGAUAUCACAGUUUUGAAUUAUUGUUUGGAAUAUGGAUUGAUAUUUGAGAACAGAAUUGUUAAAUUACAAAUUACGUUGCCGAGAGAAACAAAUCUUUCCGAACCAAUCGAACAUGUAUUAAAAUUAGGAGCCAAAAUCAGACAUGUCUAUUAUGGCGAUGAAUAUAAUGCAGAGUUUCUUACAAAAGAGGUGUCUAUUGUAUGUGAAACUAGAGACCAUGAUCAUUGCAUGGAAUUGCAAUGUGCUCUGAAAGAAUUGUAUGAAAAUAUAACUUUCGUUUACACAGAAAAGAUGUAAAAACUAAACCUGGCUAUUAAUACUUUAUAAUUUCUUCUAUUAAAUAUAAAUUAUUUUUUAAAUCAAAGAUUCAAACCAACAAUUUCUGUAAAAAUAAAAAUUUAAAUG